AUGAAAACUGAGUACCCAGCCAGCCGAUUUGUGUGUCCAGAUUGGGAACACUGUAGUAAAGAGAUGAAGUACAACGACAUAGAAGAGAGUGAACGGAACAAGUAUUGGAAAGGGAGGCAGAAGAGGAGGCGCAAAACGACAUCGCUGCUUAGCCUUUCGGGAUUGCAAGCUAUGAAUUGGAAAAGAUGCGCUGAUGCGUGCGCCACUCUCGCCACCGCGUUGCUGUUCAGCACCAUCCUCGAUCUACUUCGUCGUUUGACUCUUCGCCUUCUUCUUGUCCUUGAUCCGUGUUUGUUUGGUGAUCAAAGUCAAACUCUAUUUUCAGAUUGGGCCGUGUUGUUGGCUGGACGUUUGCGACCUUCAAAUUAG